AUGUUACCACCCCACGGUCGUUUACCUUAUUAUCAUCAAACCUUUAAAAAACGCGAAAAUUUAACGUGUCGUUUAACUCGCGUACAUAAACUAAUAUCAUUAAUCGCCAUUACACUGUCACUACUAUCCAUUUAUUUCACAUUUAUACUUACAACCACUAAAUAUAUAGAUUAUGAAAUUCAAACAUUACAAAAACCACAAAUUCAUAAAGAUCCAGACAGUUGGCUUGAAGAGAUUUAUGGAAAAGUAAAUACAUCAAUGUUGAAUGGACACACAUACUCGCAAUUAUUAAAUUUAAGUUCUGGCCGGAAAUCAUACUUACCUUUAUCUUCUGAAUUAACAAUCAUUUCAAUAGUUAACGAUCAUGACAGUAUUGAAGCACAAUUGAAUUCGAUAUCAAAUCAAACAAUAAAACCAGAAAAUAUAAUAAUAAUUACAUCAAAAAGAAUCGUGAAUAAAAUCGAGUAUCUAAUCAGGAAGAAACACAAUGAUCUUAUAAUAUCUAUUCACGUUAUGGACGCGGGUAAAUUAAAAUUACUAGGUUGGCUACAACUUGCACAAAAUAUAAAAACAACUCAUGUACUUCUUUUGGAUUCUGGUGUGGUACUUGGCAAAAGAUUUAUUCAGAACAUGCUUCAUGUUGCAAACACCAAUGAAUAUAGUAAUGCUCUAUUGGGAACUAUGGGUGCAUACAUUAAAGUUAAUGGUGGAUUAGUCAACCAAAAAUCAUUGGUUUGUCUGGCUGACCACAAAUUACAUUCAAACAAUCAUAUUCAAGUGUUAGAUUCGGUCACCAGUUCUCAGAAAGUUGAUAUGUUGACUAAUAUUUGGUUUUUCAAAAAACUAUGGAUCCCUACACUGUUUCGAGAAAAUGUAUUGGAUGAUGCGAGUGUUCCCUUUGGUUUCUAUUUCACUUAUGUUCUCAAAUAUCAUGCAAAUAUACCUUCUUACAUCCUACCUACUCAUGAUGAAGAAUCUUGGGGUGACAGGAAUUCUAUACAACAGAGUACAUGUGAAGAUCUACAAUCAAAACUGGAUAAUAAUGCUAUUUGGAACAAUCAAAUCGAACAUGGUUAUCCUCUGGUGUUUAAAGAAUCAUUGUUAAAGAAUACAGAAUUGAACAGAAUAUUGUUUGUUAUUGAUGGUUAUUAUCAGGAAAAAAUGUUUAGACCAUUAUUUUGCAGAUUAUCAUUGAUCAAUGAUAAUUUGAUAAAUGUGGUGGUGACUGGUAAUUCACGAGGAAUGUCUGCCUCGAAACUAAGAUCUUCUCUUGUGGAAAAUCAAUAUUCAGAAUGUAAAAAUAUAGAAAUCUAUGAUUUAGACAUUAAAACAGAAUCCCGAAACAGAAUUUCUAGAAAUGAUGAUAUUGAAUUAAAAAUAAAAGUUUUUCAUGGUGUUGGUCGUAUAAUACAGUUCCUAAAACCACAAGUUAUAUUCUAUUCUAAAAUUGCAAAAGAUGAGGUAAUCCAAGGAAUAACAAUUGCUGCAAAUGAAAUAAAAAACAUUACCAAAAUACAAUUACCUUUGAAAGAAGUACAUUAUGCGAUAGAUAUUAUUGCUGACUUGCCAUUUAAAGCAUUAAAAAAUUGGAAUUUGCCAAAAAUUCAAUUACAGGUACUUACACAAAAUCGGCCUAAAUCCUUGAGACGUCUUGUGAAUUCAUUGAAUUUAUCAUUCUAUUUUGGAGAGGAAAUUUCAUUAACAAUUAACAUGGACAAAGGAGCAAAGAAUAACACAAUAUCCCUUUCAAAUAAAUUUAAAUGGAAACAUGGUGUAAAAAACAUUAGACACAGAGUGGUUCAAGGUGGUUUGAUGCCUGCUGUAGUUGAAGCAUAUUAUCCUUAUAAUUAUAAUGAUUAUGCUGUUCUGUUGGAGGAUGAUGUUGAACUGUCACCAUAUUAUUAUAUUUGGACAAAAUAUGUAAUUUUAAAGUAUAGAUACGGACCAGACCGAGAAUAUAGUAAAAGAAUGUAUGGGUUGAGUUUAUAUAAUCAGAAACAAAUGGAGCUUCCACUUCCUGGCCGUAGAAAAUUUUCUGCAGACCUCAUAUUAAACAAAUCAAAAUAUAAAAGUGGAUCGCCAUACCUAUGUCAGGUUCCUUGUAGUUGGGGAGCAGUCUACUUUCCAGAAAUAUGGCGUGAGUUUCACGAAUAUCUUGCUGUUCGUCUAAAUGAUGUCAACAACUACAAAAUUCAGGAUAUAAAAGUACCGCUUAGUAGAUCGAAUUUUUGGAAAGAGUCUUGGAAAAAAUACCUUAUUGAACUGAUAUAUCUUCGUGGUUAUGUAAUGUUGUAUCCAAACUUUAGUAAUUACACUAGUUUCUCCACAAAUCAUGCCGAGAAUGGAAUACAUAUUCGUGCCCGAAAAAAUAAACCUGCCCCAGGUUCCAUAUUUGAUGUGCCGUUAAUGAAUAAGAACAUUAUUUUCAAGGAAUUGCCUGGUGGUCAACUAGCCAAAUAUAAAGAUUUACCCGUGUUGGAUUUAUGGGGAAAUCUUACCACAUUUAAAACUUUAGUAUAUCGCGGUCAAGAUCUUCAAUCUAAAGUAUCAUUAUGCCCACCAACUGAUAAAAUUGAUGAACCAACAUUUGAUCCACGUGAUUUGUUUUGUGUUGACCUAGCUGAGAAACGUAAAGCAAUGGCUCUGUCACAGAAUUAUUUAAGAGACAUUGAUAUUAUGAUGAGAGUUUUUGAAGUGGUCACAAAUUAUGCAAAUUUAAAUCAAAUGAAAAUGGAACCAAAGAAAUUUAUUAAUAUAUUUUUGAAGGUUGAAAAUAAUCAUUUCUGGACUUUUACAAUUUUAAUUUGGGGGUUUUCUUUCAUCUAUAGUUCAACGGUAUUGACAGUAUCAAGGUUUGAAGAUAAUUGGGGCGUGGUGGCGACAAAUUUAUCGUGUGAAGGAACUUAUAAUUUUAGAUCAAAACGGUAUUUGGAUUGGCUUUUUCAAGGAAUUACAUUAACGAUAGCAUCUAUUUCAUUAUUUUUCACAAUACGCUCCACGAUGAUAAUAUGGCAAAGAUGGAAAGUUCAUAAAAAGAAUCCAAAUCGAAAGACUGCAAAUGAAUUGGAUCACGCGGAUCUAGACGAUGAUGAAACAUCCGACUAUCUUGACACAGCUACCAACACUAAAAUAAAAAGAAUCUCAAGGGACACGGUAGAUUCUGAGGCAAUAACAAUUGAAGUUUUGACGGAAAGUGAUGCCGAUAAUGAUCGAUUUUCUGCUACAUUUUCAGACAAUCAAAAAAAAAUAAAACGUCAUAGUUUACAGGACUCCACAAAAGGAAAAAGGACUUCAAAGAGCCGUAGAAGACACAGUGAUUCUUCAUAUGAAAGAGAAAGAAGACACAAUGGCUACAGGAGACAUGAUGAUAGAAGACACAAUGACAGACUACAUUCAAGUAGAAGACACAAUAGACCGGAAAUUAUUUUGUAUCCUGAAGAAAAAUAUAUAUAUCAACAAUUAUUUCAAAUAGCUGAUGAAGAGAAAAAAGGUUAUAUUGAUGGAACACAUGCUGCGAAUUUUUUGAAAAAAUCAAAUUUAUCUUCGGCUGCUUUGAGUAAAAUAUGGAAUUUAGCUGAUUAUGAGAAUCAAGGUGUUUUAACAACACAAACUUUUAUUAUUGUUGUUAAAUUAAUUGCUUUGGUUCAAAAUGGUCAAAAUCCUGAUAUGGCUCUGUUAAAAGCUAAGGUACCAUUACCACGUUUUGAGGAUAUUAACAUAGAAACAGCCUAUAUUAUUACUGAUGAUAAUCGUGAAAAUUACAAAAAAACAUUCUCAAGAUUGAAGCAUGAAGAUGACCUUGUGGAUGGUGACAAGGCAAGAGAAAUUUUUUUGCAAUCUAAAUUAUCAUCAGAAACACUCUUUCAAAUUUGGAAACUAGCAGACACAAAAAAUAGAGGAAGACUUGAUGUAAAUGAAUUUAUCAUUGCAAUGCAUCUAAUAAAACAGUAUAUGUCCAAAAAUAUCAAAGAAAUACCACAAACUCUUCCAAGUGGAUUUUAUGAAAUGGCUGCCGGCGUUAAUCUUGAUGUACUUGCAUCAUCAACAUCACCAUCACUUUUUUCUGGAAAUUCAUUAACUCCUUCUUUAAAUCCAGAUGGAUUUAAUACAAAAUCUCCAUUUAUAGAACAUUCAUGGGAUGUGACACUCGAAGAAAAAACAAAAUAUGAUAAAAUUUUUGAUUCUAUUGAUCAAAUGAAACAUGGAUUUUUAACAGGUGACGAGGCAGCAAAAUUUUUUGUGAAAUCAAAUUUGGAUCAAAACACAUUGGCAAUGAUAUGGAACCUUUCUGACAUAGAUAAAACUGGACGUCUUAAUCAUGAGAAAUUUGCUGUUGCUAUGCAUUUGAUCCAAAAAAAGGCUAAAGGAUUUCCAUUACCAAACAUUUUGCCAACAAGUCUUACUCCACCAUCAAUGCGUCAUACUACUGAGGGAUCUUCAACUCUUGGUCAUAUUUCAAAAAAAGAUAUUGGAUCAACUUCAUCAUCGAUCUCACGUUAUUCAACAGAAGACUUCUUUGGUUUAAAUGAUCCUACAGACUCGCAAAAUAAUUUUAUUUCAGAUAGUCGUGUUAUUAAGGAACCACAAAUGAUUGAUUUUUUUGGCGACUCUGAUUUACAUACUAAAAUUGCAAAUGAAAGUAGUGAAAUAAAAAGUUAUGAAACCCAAAUUAAUAUUCUUGGCAAUUCAAGUGAUGAACUAGAAAACAAAAAAGCCAGUUUAAAUUCAACUCUUGCUGAUUUAGUAAUACAAAAACAAGAAAUAAAAGAUCUUUUCUUACAAACACGCUCUUUGUAUGAAGCUGAAUUUAAGGCAGUAGAAGAAAUUCAAAUCCAAUAUCAAUUGGAAAAUGAGAAUUUUGAGAGAGUUAAAGAAGAGCAUGCACAAGCUAAAAGAGCUUUAGCUGCUAUGAAAUUGCAAAAGGAACAAUUAGAAGAAAAUAUUCAAAAAGAUAAAGAUGAAAUAAAUGAAUUGAGAAAGGAAUUGAGAAUAAUCGAAGAAGAAACAGUAUCAAUUAACGCCAAAGUUAAAGACUUUCAAAAAGACAGUGCACAACAAAAAGGUUUACUUAUGAUUAAUAAAAAACAAUUGGAAACUUCCAAAGCUGAAAGAGAAAAGUCAUUGGAGGUCUUAAAAACUUUUGAAAAAAGUAACAAUCUACCUGAUAUCAACAAGGAUCCUUUCGUUUCUACACCACUAACGACAACGUCAUCAAAUCAUAAUUCCUUUAAUGCUUCUCAAUCAAUGUUUAAUGAACCAGGAAAAAGUUCAGCUGAUUUUUUUAAUGGGCAAGGCGAAAAUAAACUCCAACAAACUCACAUUAAAAAUAGCACAACUUCGGCCAUCGAUCCAUUUGAUUUUGACAAUUUUAAAAAUGCAGCAUCAGACAAAUCAGGUCUUGAUUCUGCGUUCGCAACGCUUGAAGUUACAAAUAAGAAUAAUGGUGAUGAUUCAUUCUUAACUGACACUUUUAAUUCCGAGAAAUUUCCUUCUUUAGAGGAACUUGAAGGUUUAACACCUGGUAAUAAUUUUAAUUUUGAAAAAGAAAACAAGACAAAUCAUUUUGACACAACCAAACCAGAUGAAAAGAUUAUUUCUCCAUAUAUGAAUGAAGAUAAAGUCGAAAAUACACUUAAAAACAAGCCAACUGACUUAUUAAAAGGAUUGAUGAAACCUUCGACUAAUACCAAAGAUGCUCAUAAUGAUAUUUCAUUUUUUGAUCCUUUAGCUUCAAAGAAUAUUAAUAAACCAAUAAAUGCGAAUAAUGCAGUUUUUGAUUCUGCAUUCGGAGCAUCAAAAUUUUCCCUUUUAAUUUUACAAUCAAUCAACCUUGGUUUUCCACCAAUUUUUUGGGGCACAGAUAAUACUAAG